AUGCUCAAUGUCUCGUCCUUGCCGUUGGCGGCCUACAUCUCCGAGCCCCUCCCGUGGCAAGGCUCGAGCUUUCCACCCGCGGCGUAUACCAACUACUCGGACUUCAACGUUGCGUUUCUCGCACGCAACCAACGGCUCUACUCCAACACGACGCUGCCGGCGGGCACAACGUUCCUCGCUGACGAGACGACGAACGCCCAAGUCGCCCGCGCCAUCAUCACGCUGCAUGCGCAGCCAGCCUUGAGCUUUGACGAGUGUUUUGCGCGCUCGCUCUUGGGCCUGCCGGGACUCGUUUUUUACACCAACGCCAAUAUGCAGCGCAUCUGCGCGACGCUCCACAAUGCGACGAGUGCUGUGGAUGACGCCGAGAACGCAUGCUUCCAAUCUCGCUUGUUCACGUACGAGUAUGGUCGGUCGUGUCUCUGGCUCGUGCCUGGCGAUGCCAUCUCGGCUCGUACCGACACGCCAGAUCGGGUGGUCACGCUCUACUUUGUCAAGGCAGAGCUGCGGCCACGUGGUUUUGACUAUGGGCUGUUUUUCUAUCGCAUUGGGACAACGCUCUUUGUGUGGUAUCGGCUCUACGUCCACUACUACCGCCACUGCUUGGAGCUCGAGGCGC